CCUGACCGUGAAUGCUAAAACCCUACUCAAUUCAUCCUUCACAAAACUGGAAAUCAGGAAACCCUACCGCAAGUAUGAAACUUUCUGAACUUCAAAGGUCAGGAUUCUAGAAGAUCUUCUUCAUUUUAUCAAUUAUACUGCUCUAUAGAAUGAUUCCGCCCUUGAAUCCGAUGCCUUGUCCUCCUAACAAGCUCCAGCCUCAUGGUACCCCUGGCUCAGUUUCACAGCAGGGUAUUCAAUCUAAUCAGUUUCAGGGGAAACCUGCUGGGUUUAAUCAAAACCCAGCUAUGUUUCAGGCUCAAACAGGUAUGAUGAUGAAUCAACAAAUGCCGAUGCCCUUUAAUAAUUUUGUACCCAAUAUGGGUAAUGGUUCUCCGGCAAUGCCACCAAUUGCUAAUGUCAAUGGUAACCCUUAUAUCGCCAUGCACCAUGCAUUGUCAAUGCUGGGAAUGCCACAUUUGGCUGCACAGGGACAAAUGAGUUUCGGUCCACCGGGUUCAAAUCCUAUUCCCUUUGUUCCCAUGCCGAUGAAUCAAAACCAACCUCAUAACCAGUUACAUCCAAAUCCUCCUGUUAACAUGCCUCAGUUUUACAACCAAAAUGCUUGUUUUCCGAACCAGCAAAUGUGUUUGCCAUCUCCAAUGCAGAACAAUAAUCAGUUUAUGACUAAUAAUGGUCAAGGUGUUCCCUCCAACAUGCCACCCUACCCAAAUCAAAAUUUUCAGCCAUUAGGUAUUCAAAAACCGUUUGGCACUGGGCAGCCCAACGGAAGUAUGCCACAAGGUAAUCAAUCCCAAAAUAUGUUGGUUCCUCCACCUAUGAAUGCAAAUUCCGCAAGAAAUACACCAAGUGUGACUCAACCAUUGCAAGGGAACUCAUCUUUAUUACCCCCUGCAACCAACUCAGUUACCCCAAGGAACGCUCAGCAGCAUUUUGGUCCUCCUGGUUUCUCAAAUCCACAAAUGAAUGGCAAAAGGGACUCUGAAAAUAAUCAUCCUUGUGCAAAUUGGAAAAAUUCACAAAAUAAACACUCUGGAAAAAAUACAAGACAGGAUGCAUUUCAGAGACGGUUACCAAAUGGCAAUUUUCAAAAGGGGAAGAGAAAUUUCAAUCAGCAUGGUGGGCAUGAUAAAAAAGGACAUAAAAAUGGCACUUUCAACAAUACUCAGACUAAAACAUCUUGGCCUACUAUUGCCGCCAAUCAAUCUAAUGCCUCCCAGACCAGGGACCAAGAUCUAAGUCAAUGGCUCGAAGAACGCAAGAAAAAUUUUCCUUCAAAAGCUAAUAUUGAGAAGAAACAGGCUGAAACAAAUCCUGCAGUUGUAGAUAGUAGUGCCAUAUUAAGGAGCCAGCAACUAAAGCAAAUUCUAGCAAGACAGGCAGAAUUAGGUGUUGAAGUUGCUGAUAUUCCAGAACAUUAUCUAAUAGAUACGGAUAAACCUGCCAAUGGAAAACAAGAUGAAGGACAAUCAUCAUUUCAAAGGGGGAAUCAUGGAAGAGGAGAACAGAAUGGAAAACCACCUAAGAGGGGAAAGCAUAAAAACAAGGUAAAUAAACGUGAAAGGCGAAAUGACAAAAACCGAUCCAAUAAGAAGCAAAAAGCAGACAACGAUGACUCGGCUAAGGAAAAGACCCUUCUGCAGAAGCUUCUGGGUGAAGAUAUCAGGAAAGAAAAGAUUCAUCUAUUGCAGGUAUUUAGGUUUAUGACUAUGAAUUCAUUCUUCAAAGAGUGGCCCGAAAAGCCUCUUUUGUUCCCUUCUGUGACGGUGAAUGAAGCUGGGCUUACUACGGGUGUUGUGGCUGAAAGGAAACCUCAAAGUGUUGUUGGUUCUGGAAGUGAAAAUGUUAAGAAUAGUAAUAAUGGUGAUGAAGUUGUUGGUGUUAAAAAGAGAGGAAAUAGAAUUGGUGAUGUUUAUGAGGAAGAAGAGGGAGAAAUAAUUGAUUAGCAUCUCUCUUUCUAUGUGUGAGAAUGGGAUUUAAAGGUUAUUUUGAAGAAUGAGAUUUUAGUGUUUUAUAGUUGAGAUAUAGGUUUUAUGUAAAAUGAAUGAUAUUUGGAUACAAGUUCAUCUUUUUAUGCAUCAAAGUUUUCUUUUU